AACUUAAAGAACAUCCCAGCUCUGUGCCCUGUGAGGGCAGCGGUACUGGGUCAGUUACAGCUGCACAUGGAAACUACCCCAUGGAAUUAUUGUCGCUGAUCAAAGCCUGAGUGAGUGUUAUCUACCUCUCCAAUCAGCAGUGUCACAGCAGUCAGUCUGCCAGCUAUUUGUUGAUGAAUUAAAAAAAAGGAUUGAUCCCUGCGUAACCCAAUCAAAAGUCCCAGAGUAAUGCCAGGUUUGCACUUACAGGAGAUGCUGAAUGAUCACUAGUGUUCUGUGCGAAUGGAACCAUGCUUGUUAACGACCAACUAAGAGGUGCUAAAGAGGGGGGCAUCUAUUGCAAUGGAAUAAAACCUCAAGAUCACCCUGGGCAACUUCCGCUGAGUCCCACACAAAGCUUUGUGUUGUACUUGGACAAUUGCGCACCAGUUGUGAAUACCUUGAACUUUGGCUUUUCUAGUCCAGUGCUGUUGAACCCUCCUCAUUUACAGCUUGCACAGAUUAAGACACAGCUGACUCUUCAUCAUUUCACCUCGGGUACUUCAAACAAUAUUCCUCCGGUUUAUUCUUUGUUAAAUCAAGCAUUAUUGAAAAUAAGCACUGCUCACACAAUGUUUCCUCCAAGAGGAGGUUUUCCUGGUCAAAGACCACAAGGUCUUCCUCGAAUGAUGCAGCCUCAUAUGGGCCCCUCAGGAAUGAAUCGUCCUGGUAUGAACCAGCAUGGUAUGAAUCUUCCUGGAAUGAAUAAUCCGUCUAUGGGUCCUGCUAGAAUGAACCACCCAGGAAUAGGCAUGGAUCAACCUCGAAUGAACUUUCCACGGAUGAAUCAUCCAGGUAUGAAUCAGAGUGGCUUGGGUUUUCAUCCAGAAAUGAAAAGUCCGGGGAUGGGUAUGAGGCCACAUGCAAUGGAUCCAUCAGGAUCUUUUAUGGGAGGAAGUCCAGAUCCAAUUGGAAUGAAAGGCAUGCCAAUGAGACCAUCCAUGAUUGGGACACCUGAGAGAGUUAUGGGCCCUCAAGGUUUUCAGCCAAGAUUUAUGGGCUCCAGUCCCAUACUUAGAUCAGGUCAACCAAGAAUGCAAGAGCUUCCCCCAGGAAUGAAUAUGCUAGGUAAACCACACCCACAAAAUCUUCGAAUUGGAAAAGAUGCAAUGCCAUUGCAGGGACCAGGUCAUCCCUUGGGUUCAUUUGGAAAUACAGCUGAAGGCAUUGGAGUAAAGUCUGUAAAUUCUCCACAGGUUGCGCUGAGAUCUGAUCGUCAGGCCCGUUACACGUCAGAAAGUGCUUCCAGUAUUUUAAAGAGCUUUGGACUCUCUAAUGAAGAUUUAGAGGAGCUUAGCCGUUACCCUGAUAAUCAGCUGACACCUGAAAACAUGCCAGUAAUAUUGAGAGAAAUAAGAUUACGUAAAAUGGGUCAUUCCGUGUCCACUGUAGACCAAGGAAGUGGAAGAAGACCUGUAAAUGAGCUGUUGCCACCUAGUAAAGUUAUAGACUAUGGACAUUCAAGCAAGUACCCAAUUACUGAUGACCCGGUUUCCAUGAGAGUUUCUGAAUUUUCAAGAAUUGAAGAAAAACCUAGGCGUACUUCAGCUAAAUUGGACACUCAAAAAUCAGAUCUCUCCAAAAAGGCAACAGUGACACCUAAGAGAGAGCCUGAAACAAGUAAUAAGUCGGUGGAAUCUGCAAACAAAAUACCAACCAUAUCAAAUGCCCGUAAAAAUAAACCUGUUCAGCAGCCUUCAAAGACUGAAAAACCUAACAAUAUAGUUGUUGGUGAGCAGACUUCUGACAAGCCUGAAGUUCCAGGUGCUGUGAAACCUAAUGCAGGUGGUGUUCAGCCAGUUACUACUACAGUCAGUCACUCUGAAGUGAAGUCCAGCUGUCCUGAUCCUCAAAUCACUAAACCAUCUGACAGCCAGGUUGGAACCGUAGCCAACCAAGAAAAUACAGCAUCAGAGGCUUCUGCUUGGCUGAAGUCUGAGAAUGCUGACGUUUUGAAAACCAAGAAGCAACCAACUCCUUCAAUGAUGAAUGAUUACUAUGCUGCAUCACCCAGAAUAUUUCCUCAUAUCUGUUCUCUGUGUAACAUAGAAUGUAGUCAUUUAAAGGAUUGGAUAACACAUCAGAAUACCACAACCCACAUUGAAAGCUGCAGAAAGUUGCGUCAACAGUAUCCAGACUGGAACCCACAAGAUUUCUCUUUAAGGAAUGACGGAAAGAAAAAGGAUGAAAUCUCCCGUACCAGAUCAAAGUCUAAAAGCCCAAUUUCCAGGAGGCCUAGGAGAUCUGGAUCCAGGCACAGAACCCGCCGCUCACGAUCUCGAAGCCCCAGAGGAUCCCGGCGGAUAAGAAGCCCACGGAGAAGUAGAAGCUCACAAAGAACUCGAAGCAGAAGCCCACGGAGACCUUACCGUAGUUUAAGGCGUUCUGCCAGCCCCAGGCGUCGAUCCAGAUCUCCACGCCGUUCUAGCACUCCAAGAAGAUCUAGAAAUGCUCGUAGGUCCAGAACAAGGAGUAAUUCUCCAAGUAAUAAAGACAAAAAAGCGGUGGAUGCUGCUGUAAAGAACUUCAUAGAAGCAAGUAAAAAAUCUGUAAAGGUAUCUAGCAAUGAAAAGAAAGUGCCUCCAAAUUCCACCACUGUGAAAACUAAACAAGCCAGUAGCACAGCUCCCCCUAAGAAGUCUAUCUCUGGAAGCAGCACAGAUAGAAAAUCUAGUAGUGCUAGUGCAUCGCAAAAGAGCAGCACUGUAAAGAGACCCAGCACCAGUAGUUCAUCAAGAAGACCAUCCACCAGCAGCUCAUCCUUUAGGAGACCCACCACCACAGCUUUACGGAAGACAGUGGGAUAUCCUAAGAAGGCAGCUGGAAAGAAAAAUUACCCUGUCCAUAAGAAGGAACCACCUGCACCAAAGGGACCUCUGGAUAAGCUUAGAAGAAAAUUUAGUCAAGGCACAAUUAUUCAUGCAACAAAUCUCCCUGAUUCUGGUUAUACUGAUCAAGAUCUUGUGAAAAUUGUUCAACCCUUUGGCAAAGUUAGCGAUGUUCUCAUCAUACAAUCUAAAAAUGAGGCAUACAUAGAAACUAACUUUAAAGAAGCAGCCACUGCUGCUGUGAAAUUCAGUGAAACUACAGCCGUGAUGAUCCAAAGCAAGCAAAUAACUCUAUGCUUGGCUGGACAAAAGAAAGCGCCUGAAGCAUCUCAAAUUAAGGAGAACAAAGCAAGUGAAAUGAAAACACAGAUCAAAAAAGUUCCCCAAGAAGAAGUUCCUAAGGGGUUUGUAAGGCGCUACAGGCUGACUGCUCCCCAGAUGAAGGAUUCUGAGAAGUGUGUAAUUUUGGUUAGUAAUCUGCCUGAUGCUGAUUAUACGUUGGAUGAGAUUACAAACUUGGCCAAACCUUUUGGUGGAGUAAUUGACGUUCUUUUGUUCUCUACACAUAAAAAGGCAUAUCUUGAGCUAACAAAUUCAAAUUCAGUGGAUUCCAUGAUUAAAUUUUACACAAUCUUCCCUACAUAUCUGCAUGGAAGCUUAUUGUCUAUAAUAGUGGCUUCGAAAUUCAAGAACGUAAAAGAUGAGUAUCGUAUUUUUGUGGAUCUUAUUGAAGAAACGCAGUUUAAGAUCACACCACCAAUUUAUGGAAAUUUUGUUUGUCUUGAGAAUCUUCCUGAAAAGGGGUACAAAGAAUUUGAAGUUGUUUGUGUAGGACUACGAUUUGGGAGAGUAGAGCACUACGCCAUCAUCAGUAACAAGAGAAAGGCAAUCCUAAAUAUGUGUACUGCAAAUGCUGCUAAAGCCAUGCGCAACUUUCUGUCCCAGUUUCCGUGUUCUAUUGGUGACAAUGUUGUGCAAUGCCCCAUACCUUCUAAAAUUCGACUUUCCGAGGAGGAAUAUGAGACCUUCCUGGAAAAACAAGAAACCAGUGUGAAAAAAGAAACUAAAGCAGAAGAAAGUAAAAUGGUGGUGCAAGCUUCUAGUGAAAAUACUGUUAAAGUCGAAGUGAGCACCAAGAUGGAUUCUGCUGCAGUUAUUCCAUCGGGUUCUACUUUGGCAGUUGCCUGCUCUGAUGAAGAUGAACCAAUGGCGAUAGUCUCCUCAAAUAAACAAGAUUCUGAAAAAAUAUUGGAGCCAGAAGUCCAAGAGCCAUUGACAAUUGUUGAAGAUGGUAAAGAAGAAGAUUUAAUUGUAGAUGCAGCUCAGAUUGAGCCAGUGAUAGACAGGGAACCACUUUCUGAUCUUAGUCCUCAAGCAGCAGACGAGGAUGAUGAGGAAGCAGCUGAAGCUCCUGAAGCCACCUCAUUUUAUAGUGACCCAGUAUCGUGCGUGCCUGCUUCUGAAGUUAUUUCUGAGUAUCGGCCACAACCUCCCACAGCUGAGGAGUUGGAAGUAUUAGUGUCUGUAGAAUCAGAAUGUGAAGAUGAGGCAUCAGACACUGAACCUGAGGCACACAAGUGCAGCAAGGAGAGCAAUUGUGAAGUUUCUGCUUUUGAUGAAAUAUCAAAGGAGGAAAAUUUAGGUGCAGAGAUAAGCAAGGACUCCUGUUCUGAAGAUCACAAAGAUGUUCUAUUAGAGGACAGUGCCACUGAAAUGACUAUAGUGGAAGACCCUAAGGUUUCUGAGACUGAUGCAGAUAAAGCUUUAGUGAAAUGUGCAGACAGUGAUGUGAAGGAGGAAGGUGAUGCUGCCAAGGAGAUUUUGCCCUCUGAACUAAACGCAUCAUCCACAUCACCUGCAUUAUCACCUACAUCACUUACUAGAACUGCCAAGUACAACCCUUUAAAAGGUGAACUCUCUGUAACGUUAACUCUUGACAGUCAGAAUACAAAGAUAGAGACCAGGAAAAAGUCUUUAGGUGACAAGAAAUCUGGAAAAGAAAGUGAUACGCCAAAGUCUAACAGUAAUCGUUCCAGCCCUUCAGACAGUAUUUCUUCUCAAAAGAGAGGUGGUGGAAGGAGCGUAUCUCAGGAAAAAGAUGCAAAAGUCACCUCAAAGUCUAGAGAGAGAGAAAUUAGGUCAAACACAAAGAAGGAUGAUCGAUCAAAGAGUUCUUAUGCGAGGUACUCUCGAAGCUCUAAAAGCAGCCCCCGGGGUUCAAAACCAGAGGAUCAAGAGGGGUUUUCAUUUAAUUUGGAUGAGUUUGUUACUGUGGAUGAAAUUGCAGAGGAACAUACAGAUACAAAGAAUGCAAAAGAGAAGGCUAAAACAUCUCAAACUCCCACUACAAACAAAAAACGAAAAGAUUACGAACAAUCAUCAGAAGGCAAGAAGUCUAAAGAGAGAACUGCAGCUUCACUUGGGGAUAAACAGGAAUUAUCUUUUGUAACUUUAGAUGAGGUAGGAAGUGAAGAUGUCACAGCUGGAACAGAACCAGGGGACUCAUUGGUUGUAAAAAAAUCAGUGUCACAAACUGGUAAAGGCCAAAGCAAGUCUGCAGCAAAAAACUCACAGGUUCUGAUGACAUUAGAUGAGAUAAGCGAUGAGGAGGACAUGAUCCAGGAUGCAAAAUCUGUUGUAACAAAAAUGCCAGAGGACUUUACUAAAGAAGAACAACUUGUGACACUUGAUGAAGUCAGUGAGGAGGAGCCAACUUCAAAUUCUGACGUUUCUAAUUCUGUUCAUUCUUCUAUUCAGGGCACAGAACACACAGACACUAAAGUAGCUAAUGAAGCCCCGACAAAUAAGUUGGUGGUAGACCAUGUACAGGUUGAUCCUAGUGACCAGCCUCUCUUGACAUUAGAUGAAAUUAAAGGGGAUGAUGGUGAUGAAGACAUCAGUGAUGACAAUGACUCCAUAGCGGAUAUUGUUGCGUUUGAUGAAGGUCACCAUUUCUUUACUGUUGAUGAAAUAGGUGAAGAGGAGGAAGACAACUUAAUGACUUCAGAAACAAAUGUGGAAUCCCAGAAGCCAACUGGAAAAAAAUCUAUUGCUGAAAAGUCAACAGUUACUCCAAGAAGAGGUAGGCCAAGGAAAAGACCUUUUCCUAAUGAACCAGAUCCUUCUUCAUCUGGUAGAAAAAUGAAAAAAGAGGAAGACAAAGCAGAUCAAUCAUACACUGAGAAUUCCACCCGUAAGGAUGCUGUCAAAAAGCCAAAAGGAUCUAAAGCAAAAUCUCCUGAGAAAUCAAAAUUAGCACCAUUUAAUCCCAACGUCACAGUAGGUAUGGAUUUCCUAGUUCCUAAAACUGGGUUUUUCUGCAAACUCUGUUCACUCUUUUACAUGGAUGAUGCAUCAAAGAUAAAGCAUUGCAAGAGUGUACGGCAUUAUCAGGCUGUUGAGACACACAUGGCUAAGGAAUCUGAAUCGCAAGGGAAGGAAUUUACAAACUGAAAUUAAAAAUGGCUUACCCAAACUGAUGGGGAAACUGGAGGAAAUGAAAGAUUUUAGGUUUUAGGGUCCAUUGUGAAUUUUCCUUAAAUUUUUUUCAAAAUUUUUUAUGCUGUAUAUAAAUAAAUGUGCACUCGUAGACAGAA